AUGGGCCAAGGACCUUCGCAGCCAGAGCGGCGGACAGAGGGAAGCGGAAGAGCGAACCGGAGAGCUUCAGUGUUCCGGAGAUCGGUGCACCUGCAAACGAGCGAUGAAGGGCAGCAGGAUGGGCUGUUGAGCGGAGAGCACAGCCAGCCGCAGCAGCGGACACCUCGAUUACGCACACGACCGGGCAGUGUGCAUCGCUUAUCACAACUGCUCCACGUCGAGUCAGGCAGCCAUACGAUGGAGGACGACGAGACGGCAGAGCGGUCGCGAGGCUCGGCGAUGCUCUCACGAACCAGGUCGACGAUACGAGACGUGCUGGGUCGGAGUGACCGAUCAAGGCCGGGACCUUCCAAUCCUUCCAGACCUACGCCUCGCUUCCUACAACAUCGGACGUCGUAUGUCCGCAGCGGCAUGGACAGUCAAGACGACGACUACUACCCGCCAAGGCUACCCUCAAUCGACGUCGACUCCUCCUUCGACAACGACUCUUUCCCUCCACCUGAGCCAGGUCCUUCACUUACCCGAACAAACAGCUCUGCACGGCGAACCGCACCACGCAUACCUCUGCCUUCACUUCGAUCAGAUCGACCGUUUCGACACUUCCCUUCACUACGACGGCGGCGGUCACCGCAACCCGCGAUAAGAAGACUGGGAGCUGCUGAGGACCAGGCUGCUAUGCUUAGUAGACUGCUGUCGGUUGCUGCAGCUGCCACAGCCGCUACACUCAUGGGAGACGACCACCAGGCGCUGAGCGAGGCGAGAUCACUCACAGGCGGUACUGGCGUGGGAGAUAUCGGUGGAGCGGGUGAAGACGGUAGCUUUGAUGGGUUUCUGAGAGCACUGCAGAGUGGACGGAUAGCAUCGGCGCUGCGAGGUGGUGGUGAUGUGGAGUCGAGCUCGACGAGUGGGCAACAGCCUGGACCGCUGAAUUUCUUUCGCAUGUUCAGAUUUGGUGCGUCAGCUGCGGCCACAAACAACCAGGAACAGAACCCGGACAGUGGACAGAACUCAGAAGGUGCUCAACAGAGCUCAGAGGGUGGUGGCGAGGGCAACUCGGAGGCUCGGAUGGUGCCCAUCAUUAUCGUAGGCAUACGAUCCAUCACACCUGGCUCUGGAUCAGCUGGCUCUAACGAAGACCUGCCGCCUUUCAUCGAUGCGCUGGGCAGCUUUCCGUCGCCAAUGCCGGCACACGCACUAGGAAACCAUGCUCACGAUAGCAUCGACUCCAUGUUACGGCCUCCUCAAAACGGCACCAGCUUCCGACACCGGAGACGCGCUAGCAUGGGCGGCUUCGGUAUGGGGAGGAACCGUCUGAAUGACCGCAUGGACGACCAGAGAGAUCACCGAUCGCCGGAGCGGAGGCGAGAGCGGCCGUGGAGUGUUGCGAGCUCCAGUGGCACGUUUGAGCCAAGACCGCCGCCAGCGACACCCGCCAGUCCGAGCCCUGAGCUCAGCAGGAUAUCCAGUAGGAACAGCACGCCUGCUCACUCUCGACCGACUUCGCUUCUCCUGCCGGGCGACUCGAGAAGAAACAGUGCACUGCACAGAGCAUCGGCUGGCAGUCCGCUGUCAAGCCACACCGAGGAGACAGUAUCUCUCCACUCCACUCACUCAAGCACGAACCUACUUUCACAGACGCAGUCCAACGACGCCGAAACCAUUCGCUCCAACACGAAUCGCCGCUCGGACACCCUCCCUAACGUUCACUACCCUCGCUUCGCUUCCGGCCACCCCAGACGCAACGGUGUCGUCGAACCCGACAACCUACCCUCACUCUCGCGUGCCAGCACCUCCGCCGGCACGGACAACUCCAGCAACGACCGUCGUGAUAGCACCAACGACAGCCGCAGCUGGAUCAUCUACGUCCUCGGCGGAUCGUAUCCCGAGAACCAUCCCAUCCUUACCACUCCUAGCUUGUUCACCGAGAACCCGACGUACGAAGACAUGAUGCUGCUUUCCGCCCUGCUCGGACCGGCGAAGGCUCCGGUAGCUACUGAAGAGGAUGUCGAGGGCGCGGGUGGGAUAUACAAUAUCACGCUCGUCGAGCCCGAGGCCCCUUCAGAUGCCGCGAAGACCGCUACCCUCGUCGCUGCCGCCGUGGGGGGCGAGGAGCGCGUCUCGCUGGAUGCAGGACAGAGGUGUCUCGUCUGCCUGUGCGACUUCGAGGCCGCGGAGGUCGCGAGGAAGCUGGUCAAGUGCGGGCAUCUGUUUCAUCGGGAGUGCAUUGAUCAGUGGCUGACUCAAGGCCGCAACUCCUGCCCCCUCUGCCGUGGCCAAGGCGUCGACGAGAAGCCUAAGCCUGCUGAAGAGGAGUCCGAGGCUGCGACACCUGACGCGACUGCUGGUGCUGAAGCUGCGGGCGAGCGAGUCGAGGUGGCAGCGAACCCAUAG